GAGCUGGAGGAGGGAAUGAUAUUCAAUGGUGUUUUUCUCAGGUGAAAGGAGCAGUAGAUGAUGAUGUAGCAGAAGGAGGGUAUGGUUCCAUUCCAUUUUAUCCAAACAUGAUAUCAGAUUAUCCAGGAACAAGUUAUAAAGAAGGGAGACUGGUUCCAGAACACAUCUCUGGAAAUUACCCUAUGGACCCUGACUCUCAUGGCAACAUUACAAUCAGAUAUAAUUUCUACGGUAGAAUUUAAUCAUUCUGGAGAGUUACUAGCAACAGGAGAUAAAGGUGGUAGAGUCGUCAUCUUUCAACAGGAGCAGGAGAACAAAAUCCAGUCUCAUAGCAGAGGAGAAUACAAUGUUUACAGCACCUUCCAGAGCCAUGAACCAGAGUUUGACUACUUGAAAAGUUUAGAAAUAGAAGAAAAGAUCAACAAAAUUAGGUGGUUACCCCAGAAAAAUGCUGCUCAGUUUCUAUUGUCUACCAAUGAUAAAACAAUAAAAUUAUGGAAAAUUAGUGAAAGGGACAAAAGACCAGAAGGGUAUAACUUGAAAGAGGAAGAUGGAAGAUAUAGAGAUCCUACUACGGUUACUACACUACGAGUGCCAGUCUUUAGGCCCAUGGAUCUAAUGGUCGAGGCCAGUCCACGAAGAAUAUUUGCCAAUGCUCAUACAUAUCACAUCAACUCAAUUUCUAUUAAUAGUGAUUAUGAAACUUAUUUAUCUGCAGAUGAUUUGCGGAUUAAUCUUUGGCAUCUGGAAAUUACAGACAGGAGUUUUAAUAUUGUGGAUAUCAAACCUGCCAAUAUGGAAGAACUAACGGAAGUAAUUACAGCAGCAGAAUUCCAUCCAAAUAGCUGUAACACGUUUGUAUACAGCAGCAGUAAAGGAACUAUUCGGUUAUGUGACAUGAGGGCAUCUGCCCUCUGUGAUAGGCAUUCUAAAUUGUUUGAAGAACCAGAAGACCCCAGUAACAGGUCAUUUUUUUCCGAAAUCAUCUCCUCUAUAUCUGAUGUAAAAUUCAGCCAUAGUGGUCGAUAUAUGAUGACUAGAGACUAUUUGUCAGUCAAAAUUUGGGACUUAAAUAUGGAAAACAGGCCUGUGGAAACAUACCAGGUGCAUGAGUACCUCAGAAGUAAGCUUUGUUCACUGUAUGAAAAUGACUGCAUAUUUGACAAAUUUGAAUGUUGUUGGAAUGGAUCUGACAGUGUUGUCAUGACUGGAUCUUAUAAUAAUUUCUUCAGAAUGUUUGACAGGAACACAAAACGAGACAUAACCCUAGAAGCAUCACGGGAAAACAAUAAGCCUCGCACAGUGUUGAAGCCACGGAAAGUCUGUGCGAGUGGCAAGCGAAAGAAAGAUGAAAUAAGCGUUGACAGCCUAGACUUCAACAAGAAAAUCCUUCAUACAGCCUGGCACCCCAAGGAAAAUAUCAUUGCUGUAGCUACCACAAACAAUCUGUAUAUAUUUCAAGACAAAGUGAAUUAGUGUUGGCAUUCCUAGCAGAGGAGCCCACUUCCUGCUUAGUUGAGAUAGUUGAAAUCUAGCAUUCGUACCUAUAAAAGAGAGAGGUCCAUUGUGGUGCCCCUUUCCAGUGUUUGACAGUGUGCCAUUUGACAACACAUUUUUAUAUAGCUACAUGGAGAAAGCUCUGUGGAUUCAUCACUGUGGUGUUCUCCAUGUCUGCUAGCCAUUUAGGUAAGGGUAGGGCACUUUUAAUUUAAAUGACUUCUUGCACCAUCUUGCCUAAUGGACUAGAUUGGACUGUAUCAACAUUGAUUUACUCCACUUUUUAUGCCUUCCAUUGUGAUGAUGUCAAACACAGUGAAAGCCUUCAGUCAUGCUAUGGGAUUUAAUUGUGUAUCCUCAUUACUGUAUCAUUGUGGGGUACACCCCUCCCUCCCCCUUUUUUAAAUUAAAUACAGCUCAUUCUUACUGUGGCUUGUAGCAUUCCUCCUCUCUGGCCUCCUGGACUCUUCCCCCUCAUCUCUUUUACCUUUGCCCCCUCCACCCGACUUGGUGGUGGUAUAUUAAAAAAAGAACGAAAGCACACAAAAUGAGUCAGUUUGGGGUUUAGUGGUAAAGGGGGUGUAUGUUGCGAACAAAUGUUUUAAUAACAGUUGGCUGUAAUCACUCCUUGCCAUGUCUGGCACUGAAAAUAAGGAAAAAAAAAACUACUACUGAAUAAAAGUGACAAAGAAUGGAGAAUCUGGUUUUCUUUUUCUUUUUAAUCUACCUCUUUAAGCCAGUAUUUUGUGACAUACCCUUUUGGACACCGUGAAAUGAAAUGGGUUUCCAUUAUUUUAUUAGUAUUUUUGUUAAUUAUUUUUAUCAAGUGUUCUUUUACAUGGAAAAGGAGGGGUAUUGGUUCUGUAUGAACAUGUUUUAAAUAUAUGUUGGUAUUAUUAAGGUUUUCAUAAUCUAUAAAUGCUACUAGAGACUUUUUACUGUAGUUAUGAGGGUAUUGGAUACAUUGUAUCAACACUUAACUCAUCUGUUAAAUUGUUGUAAAUGGGAUCCAAAUUUGUAGAACUUCAUUUUAAAAUGACUUUUUACAGUGCUUUGAUUUUUUUGCCUUACUAAAUACUAAGUCAAAGACUAAAAUGUUUUUAACAAAAACUUUUUUGUCAUUCAGUCUUACAGCAUAACAUUAACAUCAAAUGAUCUAAUACAAAUUGACACUGCACUACUUUUUUUGUAUUUUAUUACUAUCAAAGCAGAAUGAAAUGUACUUUACCAUAGAUAUUUUCCUUCUAUUUUUGAUUUUCCAAAGCUGUAUUAAAGACAAAAUUUUAAAGGUACAGUGUUAAAAAAAACUGCUUACUGGACUCCCCACAGCUGGCCCUAUAAAUAAAAUUUGGUAAUCUGUGUAUGACUACAUUUUCCCUAAGUGGUGAUACCUUAUCCAAAGAUGAAGAGUGUCCCUAUUUUUAAUAGGUGGAAUAUACCUUUGUCAGUCUUGAAGAGCUUUAAUGGAGAAAAAAUGGACUUUAUUUUUAAAAGAUGCAUUGAGCAGGCAUUUAUAUUAUUAGAGAAUGGUAGUAUAUUUUGGUUGAGCAAUAAUAUAACAACCUUGAAUUUUAGAGGACUGAAUGCUUCUUAUAUGUCCACUACCUAUUGUUCAGAUGCAAAUUUGAUUAAAUAUUUCAUCAUAAUUCCCUCUACACUUAUAUAAAUAUUAUGUCUUGUAAGUUAACAUUUUUAGCACGCAGUAGAAAUUUUAUGUAAUAAAAUUACUGUCUCUGGGACUUAGCAAGUCUGAAUUUGUAUUUAAACACUGAUUAUUAUAUGUCUGAUAAUUUUUAACAGCACUUUUUCUAAUUUAUUUUGGGAUCAUUGGUAUAUUCAUAGUUUGUGCUAUUUAUUCUUCAUACUAACUUGUAAGUGGAAUAUUCCCCUGCCAGAAGUAUCAAGUAGUGAUACUGUGUUUUCUGAUGGAGCAACUCUCCAGAACAUCUGUUUUGGUCGUGGUUUCCCUACACUUGGGUUGUAUGCUUGAUAUAACAUAACUGAAUAGCUCUUGGAAAUUUAUUUUUGAUUGAUCAGUAGCUAAGAUAAUUCUCACCCAUUACACUAAGGGAUAGUUUUAUAUAUUUGAGUGAAAUGCUUCUAUAAGGUAUGCUAUUAUAAAUUGUAACAUUAAGUAUUCAUUUUCAAAUUUCUUUGGUGUAGCAAACUACGAGCCCAGCCACUCAUUUUAUAUGGUCAUGGUUAAUCUUUUUAUUAAUAAAAAUUAUACUUAGAAUGAA